AUGACUGAGACGCCCGCUGACUCAGGGAAGCUCGAUGGACGCCCAUUAUUGCCGAAAGUAUUAGAAGCCGAUGACAGACCAACAAUUUUCGGUGCAAGACCAGCAUCUUACAACAGAAAACCAUUCGUUACACCGGCCAUUAGUUUCGACCACUUAAGUUACGUCAGUUUCCAAAAUAUCCUUUGGACAGUACUUUGCGGCUGGUGGGUUUCUAUUUGCAUAGUAAUUACAGCUCUUUUACUUAUUUUAACUGGUUUCGGAUACAAAAUCGGAAUUAGAUUGUUUGGCUUGGCAAAGUUCGUUCUUUAUCCAUUUGGCAGAUACGCAUAUCUUGAUGACGCUCCAAAGCCAAAUAUCUUAGGAAGAAUAUUAUUCUACUUUUUCGCUUCAAUAUUGAUCUUCAUUCCACUUGUUAUCUCAAUGACCCUCUCCUGGGAACUCAUUUUCUAUAUUCCUAUGGCUAAAUUCCUUACUUGCGUUUUAUCUCAGUGCUUUACAAACAUUUGGCGUCUUAAAUUUGCUCGCCUGAAGCACCACAACGCAAAGUCCGGUCGUCUUCCAGUAAUUCUUACAUACAGCUCCGGCUCAUUCUUAUAUUUCAAAUUCUCCAUCUUCGGAAUGGAUGUUCCUUACAUCAACCUCUGGCCAUUCAUCAUUGCUACCUUCUACAUCGGUUACGGUGCCUCCGAACACAUGAAAGAAGAGAAUUCCGUCCUAUUUACAUUUGUUUCCAUUUUAGCCACAAUUCCAUGCAUGUAUGUCAUUGGUGUUGCCACAGAAAUCAUCUCUGGCCGCUGUGGUCUUGUUCUUGGCUCCUUAAUCAACGCUGGCUUCACAGGUCUCGUUGAAUUAAUUCUUUUCUUCUUCUCCAUCAAGAAAGGACUUGGCCAAGUUGUCCAAUCCGCUGUCACCGGUGCUUUCCUCAUGAACCUCCUCGUCAUCCCCGGUUUAUCAAUGCUCGCGGCCGGUAUAAAGUGGAAGGAAGUAAAAUUGAAUAGAAAAGUGCAAUCGGUUUCUGGCACUUUUCUGUUUUUAGCUAUUAUUGCUGUAUUCUUCCCAGGUGUUUUCUACAACAUCUACAGACGUCCCAAUAUCGUCUGCAACGAGUGCAACGGCGAGAAAGGCUAUUUCGUCGUUUCCCAAGAUUCAGCACUUAAUUGCACACUUUGUACGAUAACUAACCCCAGUUUAUUGGAUUCAGACCCUGUUUACAAGACAAUGGCCAAGCGAUUGAUGUACACUACAUCAGUGUUGAUGCCAAUUGUAUAUGGUGUUGGUUUAUUCUUCUCAUUGCAUACGCACAAAUACAUUUACGACCAAUUUGAACAAGAACAGAAAGGAGAAGAUAGUGUUGAAACAAUGUCAACAUGGAUAUGUGUUGUUGUUUUGUUAGUUUCUUGUGUUAUUUUCUCAAUAGUUUGCGAGAUCGUUUCUGAUGUCAUGCCUCCUGCAAUUGAUAAAAUGAAGUUGACAGAGAGAUUCGUUGGUUUAGUUUUCUACACAAUGAUUCCUGCUGUUGCUGAAUUCAUGAACGCUAUUAGAUUCGCGUUGGAAGGAAAUAUGGGCUUGAGCUUGGAAAUUGGUAACCAGGGCGCUAUGGUCGUUACUUUGAUUCAGAUGCCUGCUUUGGUCGCGAUCUCUGCAAUCAUUGGAAAUAAAACAACUGAGGGACAGUUUACUUUGAUGUUUGAGAUGAUCGACGUUUUCGCUGUCAUCAUUUCAGUAUUGUUGAGGAACUUCAUGCUCAUGGAGAACUCUAUUAACUACUUCACUGGCUUCGCCUUCUUAGUUAUCUUCACUUUAAUCGCAGUUGUUUACUAUUUCGAUCCAUAUUAA